CCAGAACUGAGACUAUCGGGAAAGUUCAAAGAGAAGCUGUGUCAACCCUGGAAGAAAACUCUUAUCGUGCGACUGCUUGGCCGUUCCAUCUCUUACUCCUAUUUAUGCUCCCAACUACGAUGGAAGUGGAAACCGGUAGGCUCUCUGGAAAUAUUAGAUUUGAGCAACGACACAUUCUUAGCAACCUUUGGCGACGAUCAAGACUACUUGAGGGGCCUUACAGGUGGAUCAUGGAUCAUUCUCGACCACUAUUUGGUGGUUCAUCAAUGGUCGCCCUCAUUCCGUACUUCAGAUAAACCGCAUAGAUCAGUUGUUACUUGGGUUCAGUUCCUUUCUCCGGAAAAAAAAAAGGUUCAGUUCCCGGAACUGCCGGUUCACUACUAUCAUAGAGAGGUUUUAUUUGCUAUUGGAAAUUUGGUGGGACGUACUGUCAAACUCGACUAUCACACCGAGAACCUAGAAAGGGGUAAAUUUGCUCACAUCGCCAUUGAUCUGGACAUGACCAAGCCCCUCUCUACUCGAAUCCGGCUUGAUGGUGCCUGGCAACAAGUAUUGUAUGAGAACAUUCCGACUAUAUGUUAUCAAUGCGGAAGGAUUGGACAUACAAAGAGAGACUGCCCCACGAAGAGACCAGCACUUCUCCUAGCUCCAACAACGCAAGCUGAACAAAUCAUCAGCUCGCCGGCGGCUGAGACAUCGGAAACACUAGCAGGCUACGGGCCAUGGAUGCAGGUCGUCCGCAAAACUCGUCGCCAAAAUAGGAAACCCACAGCUACGCCAGUGCCAAAUCCGGGUACAAACAAAGGAAAGAGGCAAGAAUCAUUCAGAGAUGGCAAUCCUGCGAAAGGAAAGAGCAAUGUCGAACAAUCAAUCACAAUUGGGGAAAUUAAAGGAAAGCAAGAGCAGCAGAAGGGGGCCAAACAAGGUAAGCAAGGAAAUCAAAAGGGGAAAGGGUUGGAUUCUAAGCAGACUGGGGAUGAUAGAGCAACGAUUACUUCUACAGAAUGGCGUCCUAUUGGGCUUAAUACGAAAGAAGCUUCAUCCAGCAAAGAGCCCAUGGAUUUCAGUAUGGAAGAAGCCCAACCACCUCCUCAACAACCCACUCUGCAAUCACAAGUUAUUGCUGGCCCAAACAAGACUAAAAUCCAGAUCCUGAAUGUCCCCGAUCUGCAGCUCCAACAGAAGGAAAAUAGAGACCCCAAUCAGAGAGAAUCCUCUGUUCGACAUCACUAUAGGAGAAAAGUGGCAGAUCAAACGCCUCAACCCAAAGGAGUUAACCUCAAGGCUACUAAGAAGACGCUCCAGAUUCGCAGCCCCGGGAAGAAAGACCGCAGUCGAAGCAAAUUCCAACCUCUUUACCAAUCUCACUGCAGGCGAUAG